UCGCCGGAUUUUGGCGACAGUUGAGCCAAAUUUUCCACUGGAGACACCCGACUCCCUUCGCCAGCUUGUUGACCUGCGGAUUCCACCAUCUCCGCUCCUCCUUCCACUCUUUCGGUGUGUUUGCGAGGUUGUGCCCGGAAUCAGAAAGAUGCCUGCCUCACUACGGACGAUCGCUCCGUUCCUGCGGACGGCGCGCCUCUCCCUUAGACAGACCCAGAGCCCGCUUGUCUCGCUGCAGCGCCAGGCCAGGACGCCUGUCCUUAACUUCGCGCGCACUUACGCCGUCUUCGAGCGCACCAAGCCUCACGUCAACGUCGGCACAAUUGGUCACGUCGACCACGGAAAGACGACCCUCUCCGCCGCCAUCACCAAGCGACAGUCCGAGAAGGGCCUGGCCAACUUCCUUGACUAUGGCGCCAUUGACAAGGCCCCCGAGGAGCGGAAGCGCGGUAUCACCAUCUCGACCGCCCACAUCGAGUACUCGACCGAGAAGAGGCACUACUCGCACGUCGACUGCCCCGGUCACGCCGAUUACAUCAAGAACAUGAUUACCGGUGCCGCCAGCAUGGACGGCGCCAUCAUCGUCGUCGCCGCGUCGGAUGGUCAGAUGCCCCAGACCCGUGAGCACUUGCUGCUGGCCCGCCAGGUCGGUGUCCAGCGCAUCGUCGUCUUCGUCAACAAGGUCGACGCCAUCGAGGACCCGGAAAUGCUGGAGCUGGUCGAGAUGGAGAUGCGCGAGCUGCUUACGUCGUACGGCUUCGAUGGCGACAACACCCCCGUCGUCCUCGGCUCCGCCCUGUGCGCGCUGGAAGGCAAGCGCCCCGAAAUCGGCGAGUCCAAGAUCGACGAGCUCUUGAAUGCGGUCGACGAAUGGAUCCCCACGCCCGAGCGUGACACCGAGAAGCCGUUCCUCCUGCCCAUCGAGGACGUCUUCUCCAUCGGCGGCCGCGGCACCGUCGUUUCGGGCCGUGUCGAGCGGGGCGUCCUGAAGAAGGAUGCCGACGUCGAGAUCAUCGGCAAGGGCACCGAGAUCAUCAAGACCAAGGUCACCGACAUCGAGACCUUCAAGAAGUCGUGCGACGAGUCCAGGGCCGGUGACAACUCGGGCCUGCUGCUCCGCGGUAUCCGCCGCGAGGACGUCCGCCGCGGCAUGGUCGUCGCCGCGCCCGGCACCGUCACCGCGCACAAGAAGUUCCUCCUUUCGCUCUACGCGCUCACCAAGGAAGAGGGCGGCCGCCACACCGGCUUCCACCAAAACUACCGCCCCCAGAUCUUCAUCCGCUCCGCCGACGAGGCCUGCACCCUCACCUUCCCCGAGGGCACCGAGCACCCCCACUCCAAGAUCGUCAUGCCCGGCGACAACGUUGAGAUGGUUGCCGAGCUCCACCAGCCCAUCGCCGUCGAGGCCGGCAUGCGCGUGACCAUCCGCGAGGGCGGCCGCACCGUCGCCACCGGUCUCGUGACCCGGAUCAUCGAGUAAACGGCUGCCCGGCGGCAGUGAAAUGUACGAUGUCGGGGAAGCGCAAGGCAUCCACACAAGACGGUGUGGUGUGUGUGCACAAGAGAGGGAGGCCGACCGGAUCUGGGUCCCGUGGUUUCUUGUGGGCAGGGCGGAGCGGCUAGGCGCUGCGGAGUUCAAAGCCCGCUGUACAAUGUAUGUACAAUCUGUGUCUAUGGAUGUAUUGUUUUUAUGAUGGCGCCGUUGCUUGGGAGCUGCGCCCAUGUGUGACCAUUUGAGGGCUCAGAGAUCUCCCCUCCCCUUAUAGAGUUGUUCUUACCCUUGUAGUAUAGAAGAAAUAUGCAUACACGGGGCAAAUAAUGAAGGUUGAUGAACGCACGCCUGGGUCAGCCGUUCAGUCAUACCAGUCUGCUAAGGGGGUAUCAUCGACUUGGGAAGAGUAGGGUUGCAAUGGGCAGCGUCUGUUCCGAGAACGGUCGAGGAGUCUGCGGACACACACCUCAUGAAGCCAAAGUGUUCCAUAUCCCAUACGCAGUAAUCCGUACUCCUGCCUCCUAUCCCAACCGUGUCGAUUCCCCA